AUGAACUCUGAUUCCGAGUUUGGCGAUGGAUUAUUCAUUGCUGAAGAUGAAGCCGAAGAAUUUAGAGAGAGCAGAAGCCCGGAAGAAAGCAGUGCGUUGGGUGUUGAACCUGAGAAAGGGUAUCCGAAGAGUGUUCCAAAGGAUUCCAAACGAACAAAGUCACGUCUUCCGUCGUCGUUGAAAACUAAUAUAAUACGUUCGCGAGCGAAGGUUCAUGAGUUGGAAGCUAGUGGUUCAAAUAUAACUUCAAAACAGAGAUUACCUCGUCGUCCACCAAUUGUUCGUUUUUCGAGAAAGGACAACCAAGCACAAGUCGAAUUGACGACGGAAAAUGAAUUGGCCUCAGAUAAGGAGAUCCAGAAUGAAGGCCCAACCGUGCGGCGAUGGUAUGAACGUAGAGAUGGAUGGAUCGUCGAUAAACAUCUCACCGGGAAGAGCAAUGCGAAUAAUAAUACAGGAUCUUCGAAAGAUAUCCUGGCUGGUCUGGAUUUCUCUAAACAUAAUGUUGUGGAAAGUAGGAAGCGACGUGCCGAGGGUAGAAAAAGAGAUAAAGAAACUCGUAAACGAGUGAAGAGUACAACAUCGCUGACGUUCCAGCUAGAGAUCGAACACAGCCAAGUGGAAAAUAUAGAACAGCGAUGUACCGACGAAUCAGUGACCACCUAUGUACUUGAUGUACCGACUUUGGAGAAGAAACUUGAGUCCAGAUGUCUUGCAGCUAUAUACAGUUACUACGACUUUAAUGGUGAUUUCAGACAGUCGUUGUUGCGAGAGGGUAAUUCGAACUUAAAACGAUUCCCAAGGAAGAAAAGAGCACUGCACGCUAGUAUUCACAAGGAAAUUCAACCUACUCAUUCUGAAGAUAUUAAUAGCGUCUUCUAUGGACAUGUCGACAAUGUCGAAGCAAUGAAUUUUUUAAUUCAGAACAACGUAGAGACCUUCGACACGUUUCUGAAAUAUCCUAUGGACGUCCUUUAUCCCCAAACAGUCGAAGGCUUCUGCACCACUUCUGCUCAUCAAGAGAAUUGUUUUUACGAAAACUACCGAGCGAACGUACGCGGUGAGGGUGUCGUUAGGUCAGAUCUGGAAGACGAGGUUAAAAAAAGAAUUGCCAACACAGAGAAGGAGAUUGCAAAGUGGUCUUCGCUUGCAACAAAACUUGAAGAACAGGAUUACCUUGGAACUGAUCCAUUUAUAGACUACAUUGCUUAUCGAUUCCAUCCUCUUAAUACUCGUGGUGAGCUGAGACGAUGGUUCGGCAUGCAUGAAGAGCAAUUUAAAACGAACUCACGUGUCCUAAGUGUCAUGCCUGGAGCACUGUGGCACUUAAAAGAAACUAAGCGCAUUUUUAUUGCCCGUUAUGAGCGCGAUCUGGACAGGCUUUCAGCGUUAUUGGAUGAAUACUGUGGAAGACUGCAAGGAAAACAAAAUGAGCAACAAAUUGAUCCAGUUCAUUUGGAUCUAAUUAGGGAAAAGAUCGAUGGUGUUUACCAAGGAUUGCAAGACCAUGGACUCAGUAGUCAAGCAGCUGAACUGAAACCAGCUCUUAUCGAGAAUCAUCCCAUCCCAGUACCUGGCCAAUGCUUACAGAGUAAUGUAGUUGACGAACGUGUUAUCAAAAAGGAAGAACCAGUGUUUGACGCUGAUCUAAGUAGCACAGAAGUACGACAUUUUCAGUCAUUGAAACUUCUACUGAAAACUCAACAUUCAAGAUGA